GAGGGUGUUGCCGACGCUCACCCCCGGGGGCGUCUAGUCCUUCCCGUGCAUUCACAUGUCCCACCACUCUCUGCAGUGGACGUGAAGCUGGACCCUUCCACGGCGCACCCCAGCCUCCUGCUGACAGCCGACCUGCGCAGCGUGCAGGACGGGGAGCUGUGGAGGGACGUGCCCCGCAACCCCGAGCGAUUCGACACCUGGCCCUGCAUCCUGGGCUUGCAGAGCUUCUCAUCAGGGAGACACUACUGGGAGGUGGUGGUGGGAGUGCGGGCCGAGUGGGGCCUGGGCGUCUGCCGGGACUCGGUGCAGAGGAAGGGGGAAGCCACGCCAUCCCCGGAGAACGGCGUCUGGGCCCUGUGGCUGCUGCGCGGCUGCGAGUACAUGGUGCUGACCUCCCCGUCCGCGCCCCUGCUGCAGCUAGAGCGGCCGCGCCGCAUUGGGGUCUUCCUGGACUACGAGGCGGGCGAGGUGUCCUUCUACAACGUCACGGACGGGUCCUACAUCUACAGCUUCAGCCAGGUGUCAUCGGGUGUCCUCCGGCCCUACUUCUUCGUCUGCGACGAGGCGCCGCUGAUCUUGCCACCGAUGGCAGAAGCGGAGGCAGAGAACUGGGCGUCCGGGGGCCACCCUGACCCUCCUCUCGUGGGCGACCUUCAGUCCUGAAGUGCUGUGCUCAGGGUCCUCCCGCAACCUAUCCAAGGACCCUGGAGAGCGGCGGAGGAGGGACAUACAGCUUCACCAAGUGCCCAGCUCAGGGCAGCCUCUUGCUCGGGCCUGAGGAGGUUCCUUGAAAUCCAAGCAGACAGGAGAUGCUGUGUAUGCGGGAACGUUGGACCUGGAGGGUCUCCUCAAACUAUUCCCGGAUGGCCCCCCACUUACUCGAUGGCUUUUCUUUCAAAUUAAUAGUCUCGUAUUAAAGAGUUCUGUAUGUUCGUUAUAAUUUCCAUUCUUUUCAGUGUCUUCUCUCCCAACGCCAAAUCUCCCGGCUGAGAGAUGGAAACCCUGCAGGGGGCCCGAGCAGGCUGAGCCUCCCUCCCGAGCCCUCCCUCACCUUCCUGGCUGGCUCCUCCUCUGUCUCAUUCCUUGCCCCCCCCCCCUUUUUUUUUUCCUGGAUACCUCUGGUUGUUUAAAGUUUCGUUUCCUUUUACAUCAACAUAUUCAAAAUCAUCCUUCACAAGUGUGUCUUUAUUCUGGGAACAGUUUUUGAGGGUCGUGAAAUUCAUUGCUCCGACCAUAACAUGGAUUUCCAUCUUCUCUCUUUAUCUCUGCAAAUGUUUGUAAAAGUAGGAAUGCCUUAGAUAUUUGAUCCAACUGGUUUUCUUCAGAGUCAGGAGGGACUAAGGAAGGUUUGCAUCAGCUUUCCAAAGGGCUGCGCCCAUUCAUGGGGCCAGAGGACAGCUGCAGCCUCCUGCCUGCUUUGGGGAUUGGCCCCAGGACCACAGCAGGGGUCCUUCCCUGGGGGUCUCCUGUGCCUGGAACAAUUUACUGGCCCUCACAGUAUUAGGGUAGGUAUUUAAGGUCAUGAUUGAUGUGACUAGUUUAAAUUAACUGUGUUAUUUAAAUAAAAUGGUGACGUUGAAAAUGAAAUGAUAAAAAUAACUUAUUUUUGAAUUAUAUUCUGUACCUUUCCAACAAAAUCCUUUAAAAGUCAUUGAAGACCCCCUAUUCUGCCACCUUUGUCUUCAUUUUUAUCUAAUAUGUAAUUGCUAAACAAAUAUUGUAAUAUUCUAAUGCUAAAUGCUUAAAUGAUGAACAAAUAUAAAUUAUGAGCAAAUUUAA